AUGGAUUUGUUAAGAAAUAUCUGUUGUUUGUCAAAUUAUAAUAGAACUAUAUUUUUCAUGAUAGUGUUAUUUUCUUUCAAACUGUGUAGACCUCAGGACUUAAGUGAAGACUUUAUUAAUGAGGAUAGUUUAGACUCUGAUAUUAUGUUGCCGGUGAAAGUUAAGCCGAGAAAUGUGGCAGAGAGUCCGUGUAGACUGAGCGAACUGCUAUGUGAUACGGGACAGUGUAUAUCGAUGGAUAAGUACUGUAAUAGAGAAGACGACUGCGGAGACAAAAGUGAUGAACCAAAAUCGUGUACACCUUGUAACAGAACGUACAUGGGAGAUGUUGGCCGUACUUACGAGCUGGAGGUUCGCAGGCCAAGGGAGGAUCAUCUUCCAUUUGUCUGUCAUCUAAAUUUUACUGCUAAUGGCGGCAACUAUGGCGAUAUUAUACAGCUUACAUUCGACACUUUCACGGUGGGUAAAUUUGUAUCGUUUACCUCUGAUGGAUGCCCGGAUGGACACAUGACAAUAGUUGAAAGAAGUUCAUCACCACCGAUGGGUCAAUGGUGUGGCUCAGCAUGGGGUUAUACUGUAUACUUUAGCGAAUCAGACUCCAUAAAUAUGACUCUCCGUUUGGAUAGACUGAGCCAACAGGGUGUUGGGUACAAUUUCGACUUCAAGUUGGCAUACAAGUUUCUAAGACGAAGCGAAGCUAGAUUGCGGUACGGUAACGCGACUGUGGGGGCGUGGAGGGGGGAACGAGUUCCCGGCACCUAUUGCGACCGCAUACUGAGCGACUGUGAUCUACGCGCAUGCCGCAUCCAGUCACCAAACUUUCCUGGAGUAUAUCCACGUAAUGCGACGUGUACAUACCGCAUUGAACACACAAAGAUACCAGCAGAUAAACAUGUUCUUUUGGCCGUGAGACAAACAAAUAGUCAUAAAAUACAUAUCAAAGAUCAAAUAGUAAAAUAUGAUAGAAGCCAACGAGUUUUAAAGAUUUGGGACCAAUGCAAUGUCGUUCAGGAUUAUCUAACAGUUUGGGAUGGACCUACAAGAGACUACCCGGUUCUAGUUAGACUUUGUGGAGGAGACGCAGUUCCUGACAUAGUUAGCAGAGGGCCUAAUAUGUUACUUGAGUUUCAUACCUCACCCUAUGAUAAUCCUUUUCAUCCAGUUCCUCUAAGUUAUUUACCUGGUUUUGAGCUCGAAGUUCAGGUGUUGUACGUGGACAGAGAUUCCCAUUCGUACGUGAGCUCAGAUGGUCGUUGUCGGUUUGUUUUACGCUCCUCUGACAAGACAAGCGGGGUGUUAAGAAAUCCACGACACUCCUUACCACCAAAUACAUCUUGUGUGUAUUACUUUCAGGGUCGUCCAAACGAAAUAGUAUGGGUGUCGUUUGUUAAGUACCACGCUGCGGGUUCGGAGCCGGCGGGAUUCGACCAACAAAAGGAUUGCUCUUCACAACUCACUAUUUGGGAUGGCGCGGCACCUGAUGCAGAUCUUGAUAGAAAGUUGGAAAUGAGUGACAAGAAAUCUCUUCUCGGUUCAUUUUGUCGAGAGGAAUCUCCGCGUUUGUGUGACCAUGCGCUUCUAUCAAACGCUACGCGGGCGACUAGGCCUUGUGCUCCCACAGAAAGCUACAUCACAACUGGACCAGCGCUUACUAUUUUGCAGGAGUUACGUCAAGGUUCAGCAUUAUAUCCUGUCUCUUUCGUCUUGCGAUAUGAAUUCGUAGAUGUGAGUGAGCAAGGUCAACCAUUAGUGGACUCUCAGUCAGCAUGUGAUAGAGUUUUUAAGUCAGCACUUACAUAUUCUGGAAGAUUUCAAGCUCCCCGAGCUAUAUUUUACUAUGGCCGAGGUGGAUCUCAAAAUUUGACUUGUAUUUUAAGAUUUGAAGCUAAGCAUGGUGAAAGAAUACAGUUAACAUUUACAAACACAUAUUUCGGAAAUAAAAUUUGUAGUACUCAUAAAGACUCCAAGACAAGCCGAUGGGUUUGUGAUAGGCCGAUUAAAAGAAUAAUAGGUGGGGAAGGUUUGGCCCAGAUUAUUAUAACUGAAUAUCCUUGGGAAGGGAUCCCAAUACAAAGAGAUUGUUUAUGUACAAAUCGCUCUGAACCUCUGAACGUUCACACGCUUACAGCUCCCGUCGUAGAGGUUAAUUUCACUGUAACCAUGAUGAACAUAACUGAAGAUUAUGACGAUUUUCAAUUUGAAGGUGAAUAUAAAUUUAUUCCCACUGGCCCCGGAGAUGAAAGUAUUUGUUCUACUGGUUGGGGUGAUAGACGACUAAGAGGAAGCAGUGGGGAAAUAAGAUUUUAUGACAACAGAGAAGUGUCUGUAGCUCCUGAAAUAAUGGGUGACAGAAAUGUUAUAUCAGAAAGUGUAAGAGCAGAAGUUGCUUGUGUUCAUAGACCGUGGUUGAUAGAACCUGGAGGGGAUGAUGUAACACCCUUACAGGGUAGAUAUCUAUAUAUCAAAGUACCGGGAUAUGAAAUAACGCCUACUUCGCCAUUUUGUCCUACACAAAAUCGACUAUUUAUAUAUGAAGCACGAGAUACUUCAAUUCACAGAGAAAUUUGUCCUAAAGAUUCUAAUACUUUAGAUUUGUAUUCGCCAGGAUGGAAAUCAUCACAAACAACCAUAGAAUCAUCAUUGAAACCUCAUGCUAAGAGUUACGUAAUUGAUUUUCUACAACACGAACAAGCCGAUUACUCAAUCAAAUGGAUAGAGGUUAUGAAAAAGCCAUCUAUUGACCAUGAUCCAGCGUCAAACAUUUUGCCUUUAUCGGUUAAUUUAGAUUGUCAUCAUAACUGCCCAGAGUUGAAUGCCUGUAUUCCUAUUACGUUAUGGUGUGAUGGCAGUCCCCAUUGCCCUUCUGGUUACGAUGAAGAUGACUCAAACUGUUCUUUUAAGUUGUCCUUGCCGUCACCAUAUGUUGCAGCUGUGGCCGGUAUGGGACUUCUUAUUUGUGCCAUCGCAAUUGGCUUAUGUGCGUGUAAACGACGAAGAAAAAAGGACAAGGAGUUUAAGGCGAGACUCGACGACGCGCUUCCACCUGAAGAAAGACCUUAUGAUCGUUCAAAAAGUAAUGGAGUUCCAGAAACUAAUCGUCAAUACGCAACUGUACAAAAAUAUGCUACAAUAGAUAAAUACAGUUUAAGUCAAAAAUACAGUGCGGGUCUCAAUGAUGUUAGGUAUUAUGAUGAAGUAGCUCAAAAAGAUAAACUUGCUGACACGAGGUAUGCUAGCUUAGGGCGAGCUGGUCGUUGUAAUCGAAUGGAAAAUAAUAGAGGCACUGGAUCUAGAAGAAUGCCAGAAGUAGGCUAUCCAGAUCUAAAAGACGGAUUUUGUUGA